GCCGGGUCCCUGUCAGCUCUCUCCUUGCCCUCUACUUCUACUAUCUCGUGCGUUUCCAGCGACAUUAAGUCCGAUAUGUUCUCCUCUCCUCCGCGAACGUGCCUGGUGGCCAUGACGCACAUGCACGCGUUUUGCGUUGGGUCCCAUAAGCGCACGCCCGGAGAUGUUGGAGUUUAACAUUUUGCUCUACCACCGCCAUGUCUACCCCACUGCCCGAGCAUCCAGCGGGCGAAGCAGAGUCGCAUGUGUUGUUGCUUGCGGAGGAGUCGGACGCGGCGCUAUCGCCGACGGCUGAGGGACCGGAGCCAACGCCUGGCUUGGAUGGAACUCCCGUUCGUUGGUACGAUGCCAAUCGUACAGAGUCAUACACACGCAUCGUGCCUUUCCAAGAGGUCCAUGAUACCAGCGUGGAGUUCUUCUACAAGCCCAUUACUCUGUCCGUUCUUGGUGUAGCGAUGGCAAUACUGGCAUAUGUCGCAACUACGCAGGACGUACUAGAAGAAGGUCGCGAUAAGCGUAGCGUUGGCGCAUGGGCAGCUAUCGCUGGAUUCCUUCUCUUUGGCAUCAUCCAAUUCCGCGACGGUCCCUUCGUUAGACCCCAUCCCGUAUUUUGGAGGCUGGUCCUUGGCGUCAACUUGUUAUAUGAACUCGCUCUGGUUUUCCUACUGUUCCAAGACUUGAACUCUGCUCGGGCAAUGAUGAAGUACCUCGACCCCAAUUUGGGAAAGCCGUUGCCUGAAAAGAGUUAUGCCGAGAAUUGUGAUUUUACACCUCAGAACGUUUGGAAUGCGGUCGAUAUAUUCUGUCUAGCCCAUGCGAUUGGGUGGUUUGGAAAGGCACUCAUCCUUCGCGAUUAUUGGUUCUGUUGGAUUCUCAGCAUCGCUUUCGAGCUCGCUGAAUAUUCCUUACAACACCAGCUAGCUAAUUUCGCCGAGUGCUGGUGGGAUCAUUGGGUGCUGGAUGUUCUUAUCUGCAAUUGGCUAGGAACCUACCUAGGCAUGAAGACAUGUCAAUAUUUCGAAGUCAAAAAAUACCAAUGGCGUGGCUUCCGACAGAUCCGGGGCGUUCGCGGCAAGACUCGCAGGGUGAUUAGCCAGUUCUCCCCGGCAGAUUGGACGACGUUCAAGUGGGAAGGUACGGCUGAUUUCACGCACUACGUCGCAGUGGUUCUGCUUCUGGCCGGCUUUCUUGCCGCCGAGCUCAACCCGUUCUAUCUCAAAACCCUGCUCUGGAUGGAACCGGAGCACCCGUUCGUGACCGCCCGUCUCGCGGGUAUCUUCCUCUGUGCUCUUCCAGCGGUGAGGGAGUACUAUCAGUACGUGGGUGACCCGAGGCGUGCGGUGCGGAUGGGCCAGCACAUCUGGCUCCUUCUGGCGACGAUCUGCACAGAGCUGCUCGCGAUCACGAAGUGGAGCAAGGGCCAGUUCCCCGUGCCGCUGCCCCAGCGGGUCAAGGUCGCGUGGGCCGUCGGCGGCGCGCUGCUCGUGCUGUACCCGACCGUGAGAUUUGGCGUGCCCGGCAUCAGAAAGUAUCUGCGCCGGCGGUCUCGGAAGGCCAAGGUGCGAUAGCACAGCCGCCUCACUCCCCCGACGCUUCAGGGCGGGCAGCGUCAUGUGUCGUCAUGGCCAGUGAUGUCAGGUCGUCGUCCAGGGCGGGAGAACGCGAGGCGCGAUCUGGUCAAUGACUUCAUGCGCUGCCAUAGCUAUGCAGGAAUAUAUCCGAUUUUGUUGUCCGCUCGUCAUUCCGUUCAACCUUCGGGACGUCGGAUCGAUCUGUCAAAGCGCAGGCUUGGCACAGCACAAGUGUCUCGGCAUCAGAUGUGCG